AUGGCUCCUCCUCCUCCCAACUCCCGCCCGCCAACGCCGACGGCGUCAGCGGCUGCGGGCACCUCCUCGUCGCGAAUAGACUCGCCGUCGCUAAAGGCCGCGCUCGCAAUGGCUCUCAUCCACUACAACCGCCUCCCCGGCAAAGCCAACGCCAUCGCCACCGCCACUGCCGCCGCCGCAGGCACAUCUCCCCGCCUCUCCUCCACUGGAAGCGCAAGGUGCUAUUCCCCUAGCAGCAGCACCCCUCGGACUCAAACCCUACCCCCCGCCUCUGACAUUCGAUCUCCUUCUCUCGCCCAGGCCAAGGACCGGAAGCGCGAAAUCCUCCGCCUCCGCGAGGAGCUCAAGCUCCUCCAAGAUGGGGCGCGCGGGGAGGAGAUGGAGCCCCCGGUCGCGUCGUGCCGGUGCCACUUCUUCGACGGGUGCGGGGACCUUCCACCGCAGCAGGGUGGCGGUGGUGGGGAGCACUGGGUUGACGAGGUGCUGAGGAGGAGGUUUCUCAGACUGGUGCGGUGGAAGGAGAAACGAAGGCGAGUGGAUCGGCCUCUUCCAAGUUGUAGUUUGAUUGAUUUCAACAGUGAGGAUGAGAUGCAGCAGCUCAGCAUGUCGAUUGAUUUCCUGGUGGAGCUAUCAGACGGCAUUUUUGCCAAAAGAGAAGCUGGCCCCUCAUUUGCUACAUUUUCUCACCAAGCAGUAGAUUUCAUUUUGGCUACACUGAAGAACAUUCUUUCAUCGGAAAGGGAAAAGGAGCUAGUUGGGGAGAUAAUCGAUGGUUUAGUGACUCGUUUGAUGAAAAGGAUGUGCACCGUUCCUGAAAAUCCUGGUACUUCAGAUUCAGGAUCAACUGGCUGCUCAGAUGCCCAGUUCUCUGUGCAGCACUUAUUCCGUAAGUUGGGAAAUGAUGAAUUCAUUGGUCAGCGGGUAAUCCUUGCAGUUUCUCAAAAGAUCUCAAAUGUAUCUGAAAGAUUGCUCUUGGUUGAUCCGUUUGAUGAUGCUUUCUCUGAUAUGCAUGACAAUAUAUUCAUCAUGAUUCAGUUACUCGAGUUCCUCAUAUCUGAUUACAUGAAAGUUUGGCUAUGCUGCGAGCAUAUUGACAAAAGACUUUUUGAAGAAUGUACCAGAUCUGUUCUCAAGGCACGCACUGAUUUGCGAAUCCUGGAAAACAUGAAUGGGCUUUAUGUCGUGUACAUUGAGCGUGUGGUCGGAAGGUUGGCAAGGGAGGUGGCUCCUGCUGCACAUCAGGGGAAGCUGGACCUAGAAGUCUUCUCCAAACUGUUGUGCUGA